AUGAAGAGAUACCAAUCAGUCGCUAUCGUCACUUUGGCAGUGUUUGCUUUAUGGUUCGCCUUACUGAUGGACAUGCUGCCAGUGACACUCUCACCAAGUGUCCGUUCAGUCAUACCCGCUCUACCAUUCUGGGCACUUGUAACAUUCGCGAGCUAUUCACUGGGAUCAAUCGGUUACAACUUGUUGAUUAUGAAUGAUUGCAAGGAGGCUGCCGACAGUCUAUUCGAUGAGGUCAAGGAGGCCAAGCAAAGCUUGAGAGCCAAGGGAAUGAAGCUCAAGGGAGACAAACCUUGUUUGUGA